CCCUAAAAGAAGAAGGGUAGAGAGAGAGAAGCCAAGGCCACCUGUUGGUUCCUUCCUUCCAUAAACCACCACACCAAAAACCACUGCCACUUGUGAUCAAAUUUUUGUUACACACACAAAAAACCUUCAAAGAAGAAUAAUUGCAUCUUUCUCAAUUCUCAUCACUCACUUUCUCUCUCUCACACACACACUCUCUCUCUCUCACACACAGUCACCUUUUCUACCAUUUCUGGCCCUUUUCACUAAAUGGGUUUUUGGUUGUAACCCUUCCUAUUAAAUUUUUAUGCACGCACUCGCGUUUACAGAAUCUAACUAGAUUAUAAUACACAGAGAUCACCCAAAUCUGAACCGGAGAAAAAAGACCCUUUCUUGACUGAUCUCUAUACUUUUAUAUAGAGAUAAAGAUUGGGUUUUUAUUUAUAAAGAUUAGAGCUUUUUUUAAUGUACAAUUGAGUCUUGAUUUUUUUUAAUUUUUUUUUUAUCUCCUUCGUUGCUGCAAAUUUUGUUUUUGGGUUGUUUAUUUUAUUUUUAAUUUUUGUGGGGUUUGUUUGAUCCCAUGGCUGCGGGUGCAGAGGUAUCUGGUGAGGCAGCAGUAUUGGGGAUUGAUUCCCCUGCUGCUGCUGUUCUUGAGCCUUCAUCGCCAAAAAACACCACCCCCACCGUUGUAGAGAAUUCGGGAGAAUUCGAUGAUUCGAAUUCCGAUGAGUCUGUGCAAAAUGAUGAAAAGAAUGGUGUUAAGGAUUCUGAUUUGAAUUCCAAUGUGGAUUCGAAAUCAAAAUCGAAAUCGGAAUUGGAAAUGAAGGAAAUUGUUGAUAUGCUGAAGAAACUGAAAUUGAAUCCCAUGGCGAAGGAGUUUGUUCCUUCUUCGUACUAUCAGGGCCCGAUCGGGGGUUUCACUUUUGUACCUAUUGAUAAGAUUUCCGGAAUCGAUGGUUCCCCGAACAACCGGAAGACAAGAAAUAACUACAGCCAGGGUCGGAAGAGAAUGAGUGGCAGAGCUUUCAAAGCUCAACGAGAAGAUAGCAUCCGAAGAACUGUCUACGUCUCCGACAUUGAUCACAAUAUCACCGAGGAGCAACUCGCUGCAUUAUUCAGCGGCUAUGGACAGGUUGUCGAUUGCCGAGUUUGUGGUGAUCCACACUCCCAUCUUCGCUUUGCAUUUGUAGAGUUUUCUGAUGAUUAUUCUGCUAGAGCAGCUCUUAUUCUUAACGGGACACUGUUAGGUUUCUCUCCCGUUAAGGUUUUGCCGUCUAAAACUGCCAUUCUCCCUGUGAACCCUACUUUCCUUCCAAGGUCGGAGGACGAGCGUGAAAUGUGUGCCAGGACAGUCUACUGCACAAACAUUGAUAAGAAGGUUUCUCAAGCUGAUGUCAAGAAUUUCUUUGAAACAAGAUGUGGUGAGGUUUCCCGUCUGAGGCUCUUAGGGGAUCAUUUGCACUCCACUCGGAUUGCUUUUGUUGAAUUCUUCAUGGCUGAGAGUGCAAUAAUAGCCCUCGACUGUUGUGGUGAAGUUCUGGGAUCUCAACGCAUCAGGGUAAGUCCUUCGAAGACACCCGUGAGGCCGCGAGUCCUUCGUCCGGGAAUGCAGUAAUAUUAUAAUCUUAAAAUAUUUAUUAUCUGAGAUGGAAAAUAGUCAUUUUGUUCUUUUGGGAGAGACUACCUCAAAAAACGAAAGCGGCAGUAAAACUUAUUCUCUCUUUCAGUUUUCUUUUUCUUUCUCAUGAGAAAGAGAAACCUUUUUUUUUUUUUUUUCUUUUUUUACCUUUUUCUUGCGACUGAAUAUAAUUCUUGAUGUUCCGAGUUUUUUAACUCGGAUGAUCCGAAACUUGGGCAUUUUUACUAUGGUUAAUUAUCUAAUUCUAACUUUAUAACUAUUUUGGUACUUGAGAAUUUCUUGGGUUUUU